AUGAUGAAGACUAAGACGAGUAGGAGCUUACAGAAAUCUGGGAGAGAUAAUCAGGUCCAAGGAGAAGGGCCAAACUGGGUUCUUGUUGCUGGCGGGGUUUUGCUUAGCACGCUUUCAGUCAAGAUUGGGUGCAAAUUAAAGCAGUUGUUCGAUGGGAAGCAGCAAAAUAAUACUUCCAAAGCUAAAAGAAGGCCUGAAGCAUGUGAGCUGCACUCAGAUCUCUACCGGUUCAGUGACCAAACUGGCUGCUACUACUGUAUGUCAGGGCUUGCAAAUGGUGGACUGGAAGUCAAGCAAGCACCUGCAAGUCCUGUACCCAAAUCAGUUGAAUCCUCACUUCCACUUGUCAAGAUACCCACGCCAGAAUCAAGCAAAGAGAACAGCGGUGUUAUGUGGAUAUCCUCACCUGAUCGGCUUGAAGAUCCUCGAAGGCCAUUUCAGUACUCUAACAGUUCUGGCUCUCCCUGUGUUUCAGAAUCAGGAUCUGACAUUUAUAGCAAAAGAGAGGUCAUACAGAAGCUAAGACAGCACCUCAAGAAACGUGAUGAGAUGAUCAUGGAGAUGCAAACUCAGAUUGCUGAUCUUAAGAACUCUCUUAACAUUCAGGUGACACAGUCCACCAAUCUGCAGUCUCAAUUGGAUGCUGCCAAUUGUGAUCUGUUUGAAUCCGAACGAGAGAUUCAGCAUCUAAGGAAGAUUAUUGCAGAUCAUUGUGUCGCAGAAGCACUCUCUUUUGAGAAACCUUUGCAAGCUGGACAUUGGCAGUCAGAUGCCGCAAAUGGGCAUUCCAACGGCUAUGCUGAUGGUAGUGUUGAUGAUGCUGACCUGCAUUGUGUUAGCAUUGAGAAGAGGAAGGGAGAGGUAGAGAGGGUGGAGAUGCUCAAGAAAGGGGUUGUUGAACUGAAGGAAGUCAUCGAGGGAAAGGACUUUGUGCUUCAGAGCUACAAGGAACAGAAGGUGGAACUGUGCUCAAAGAUCAGGGAGCUGCAGGAAAAGCUCUCAGCACAAGUGCCAAACAUCUUGUAA